AUGGGAAGUUCCAGACUGAGAGUUUUUGAUGCCUACAUACAAGACAAGGUUUCAGAAACCUUUGAAGAUACUAGAAUUGUGACCUUGCCUGCAUUUGAUGUGCCUUAUUUUAAAUACAUCGACGAAGAUUCAGAGGAUGAAUGGAGUAUUCCUUCCCAGUCCUCAACUGAAGAUGACUCUUCUGUGGAUUCUUCACUGUCUGACAGGUAUGUGGUGGUGUCUGGGACCCCCGAGAAGAUUCUCGAGCACCUCCUGAAUGAUCUACAUCUGGAGGAAGGUGAAUGCAAAGAGACAGAUAUCUUGCUGGAUGAUUUUCUCCUCACUUACACAGUCUUCAUGUCAACCAAUGACUUAAGCCAAGCAUUACUGAGGCACUAUUGUUCCAAGCCCUAUGCAGAAAGGCCAGGGCACACAGACAAUGGCUUGUACCAAAAGCGCAAAGUGCUGAGAAUUGUGUCGCAAUGGGUAUCUCUUUACAAGAAUUUAUUGCGAGAAGAUGAAAAUACUAAAUUGCUUUUGAAGAACCUUUAUAAAUGCGUGCUUGACGAUCUUUUUGAGUAUCCUGGUUUGGAGAAAGAGCUGAAGGAGCUUCAAAACCUAUUCCGGAUCCCUCGCAGACAUACCAUUGAUGAAUAUUCACCCCACAAAAAGAACGCAACAGUUUUUCACCAACUCAGCUGCAGAGAGAAAUGGCUUCAUCCAAAAGGCUGUCCAGGUGAAUCUGACGAAGUUUUCUGCCGUGUUUACGUGGCAGAUCAUUCCUAUGUCAGCUUCUGGACUAAGGAGUCAACCUCAGCACAGGAGGUCCUUCACACUGUAGCUGAAAAGCUCCAGAAACCCGAGCAGGAUUUGAUACUGGUGGCUAUCACGUCCUCGAGGGUGAAAAGACAAAUCCUUCAGCCCGAUGAUGUCUCCAUUUUCAAAUCUCUUGAUGCCACUACUCGUAUAUUUGUUUGCAGAAAAGAUCCCAGCGAUUUCCUGACUUUUAUAGCAGAAGAUGAUGAAGCACCACACAGGAGCAUCCGAAUGCUUGGAAUGAACACGUGGCACAUGGCCAAUGAACUCACCAGCUUUGAUUGGGACUUGUUUAACUGUAUCUGUGAGCAGGAGCUGAUUUGCUACAUUUUCCGCAGACAGGACAGUGGGAGGAGUACAGUCAAUCUGAACCUGCUGCUGCAGCGAUGUAAUGAAGUCCAGUUCUGGGUCGCAACUGAAAUCCUCCUGUGCAGCCAGCUGUCCAAAAGAGUUCAGCUGGUCAAAAAGUUCAUAAAGAUCGCUGCACACUGCAGGGCAUUGCGGAACCUUAACUCCUUCUUCGCCAUUAUCAUGGGUCUGAACAGCGCUGCUGUCUGCCGACUGGGACAAACAUGGGAGAAAGUGCCUGGGAAAUUUAAAAGGCUUUUCUCUGAACUUGAAAAUUUAACAGACCCGUCACUGAACCAUAAAGCAUACAGAGACGCCUUCAAGAAAAUGCAAGCACCAAAGAUUCCCUUUAUGCCUCUGCUACUAAAAGAUGUGACGUUUAUCCACGAAGGAAACAAAACUUUUUUGGACAAUCUUGUCAACUUUCAAAAACUGCACAUGAUUGCCGACACCGUCAGAUUGCUGAGACACUGCAGGAGUAACCAGAGCAGCACAGAGGGAACGUAUAAAGAGCACCAGGAUGUGAAGACUUACAUCCAGUACCUGCACAUUAUCGACAACCAGCAGAUGCUGUUUCAGCUUUCCCACAGAUUGGAGCCAAGGACCUAACUGAAGCUUCCCCCUCCAGUCUGGCUGGUCAUGGAGAAAUGUACUGCAAGAGAAUAACUGCAAGAGAUGUAACUGUGGGAAAGUGAAUCAGUGAGCACCUCACACCAAAACAUGGACACAGUUGUUCGUAAAAAUUCACCACAGAAGGUGAAAAAGCAAAGCUAAGUUACCUUUAUGACAGAAAGGCAGAUUGGGCUGAUGAGUCCCUGGUGCGGCUUCUAGGGCGAAGGUCCUGUUAAACUUGUGUAAGAUGUUCCACCAACAUGACACUCAGCAGCCAGAAACUGAGGCACAUUCACUAGACUUUGCUUAACUGAAGCUGAUGGGAAUUGUACCCACUGCCUUCCAGCCAUGUGGAACUGAUUUAUACUGACAUCACCUUACUGAGCAAAGCUAGUAACAAAAAUGUAUUAUUUUAAUGAUGGAGCAAUGUAUUAAAUGCAAAGAUUAUUAUUAUUUUCCUUCAGGAAAUCUCAUUGUUUGGCACAGUUUGAAACCUGAGCUCCUGUGUAAUAAGCGUUAUCUUAUGCAAAACGGGUCAAAAAUUCUGAUCUUUAUUUAAUUACACGAUUGGUGUUAACAGGGACCCCUGAGACAUGGCGGUCUCCUGUCAUCUAAUCAAAACAGUGCCGAGAGUAUUUGUGGAAUAACAUUUUAAAAAGCACAUUUUAUAAGUUAGGCUAAAGUCUGUAAAUAAAUAACAUGUUCAAACGGGGGUUCUCCCAGUAUUUAACCUUGUAGGCCUUGAACAAACAUUGCCCCAUUCUGCUGUUUGUGCUGUGUGCGAGAUGCUCAGUCUACAUGCUUUAGUAGAAUAGGCAUGUCUGAAAUACAACGAGGACCAACUGUCCGAUUAACCCUAGCAGCUUUGACAAGUGAUUUCCACUGAAUGUUUAUAACUGUGGGUGUCCAGCUUUCAAUAUUGUCUCUAGUAUUUUGACUUCACUUAUUGAACAACACUGAUCAGCAGAGAUUUCAAUAAGGUUGUUUGUUGCAUUGGAAUGUACAAGACUGGAGAAAACCAUUGCAGUCUGUCUGUCCAAUUGUUAGUAUGGAUGGACCAAAAACAAUCCACAUGGAAAGGGAGGGUAGGAAGGCCACAUGAAUACUUUGGUGUUUAAUACUUCCUAAAGAGUGUUGUGCAGUGGGAAGUCUAUGAUGUAGUCUUGUAUUUUUGCCACUCGAUGGCGGUGUUGCACUUUGAAACUUAUCUUAGGAUUUAUCAGGGGAGAAAUUCCACCUGGGUCUAGAUUUACUCGAUAUAGUAUUUCAGAGCAAAUUAAUUCAUAAUUUUGAAACCAGUUUUUCUGCAAGUUCCUUUUAGAACCUCAGAAAACCAACUUCAAAGCUAAGACUGAAUUCAACAAAUUGCCAAAUUCUGGAUAGUUUAAAAUGCUAAAUCUGGGCAAAUUGAGACCCAAAUGGAAUUUCUCCCCAGUCAUGCACUAUGUGCUAAGUGCCAUUCUUCACUGUAUGCUAAAUUCUGGUUAUCUGUCCCUGUGUGCUUAAAAAAAAAUCAACUUAAUGUCAUUUUGAAAGUG